AGAGCAGUGAACAGUACUCCUAGUGCAUUUGGACCCCAUUUCUGCUCUACCACUUUUAAGUCUUUUCCAAGAAGUCAGAAGUGGGGGCACUUCCUGACAAUUACAGUAUGUUCCCCACCUCUUGCAACUCCGUAGUAUUGAGACACUUCGUAUUUAAAUGCGGCAAGACCAGGACACUUGCAUGCUUGGGCUGAUGAGUGGCAAGCAACAUGCUAUGCAAUAACCAUCUUUAACAAGAGCAGGUCAGCAGCUGGGAGUUCUACCUGAUUGACUGACUGCUCAAAACCUGUCCACCAUCCACAAGGCACAAGUGAGGAGAGUAAUGAAAUACUCAUCCAGGCAAUUGGAGAGUACAGCUCCAGCAACACUCAAGAAGUUUGAUGAUACCAAGGACAAAGCAACUCACAUGUAUCCCUAUCCAUCGCAUUGAACAUUCACUCCGUCAAUCACCAAUGAACAGUGACAACAGUGUGUUUCUUACUGCAGAAUCGUCUGCAACAACUGAGUGGUAAGGUUCCUUAGACAGCACUCUCCAAACCCACAACCUUUACUACCUAGAAGGACAAGGGCAGCAGAUCCUUGGAAAAUCACCACUUGCAUGUUCUCUCCAAACCACCCAGCAUCCUCAACUUGGAACUGUAUCACUGUUCCUUCAUUAUUACUGUUCAAACUCCUGGAACACCUUACCUAAUAACAUUUUGGGUAGGCCGACAUCAAAUGCACUGCAGUGAUUUAAGAGGGCAACUCAUCAUAUCUUCUCCAGGGCAAUUAAGGAUGGGUCAUAAAGGCUGAUCGAAUUGAUGCACCCCAUGUCCUCUGAAUGAAAUUAAGACAAGCUGCAGAUUUAAGUAAACCUAUAGACAAGCGGAUUUACAAAGGAACACAGCCCACCUGCCAUGAUUUCAACCAUUUGACAGCUACUGCAGAAAGUGUCUCCCUACUUGUGGGCUUCUCUGCAGGACAGGUUCAACUUAUAGACCCUGUAAAGAAAGAGACUAGCAAACUUUUUAAUGAAGAAAGGUUAAUAGACAAGUCACGAGUAACCUGUGUUAAAUGGGUGCCUGGUUCAGAAAGCCUGUUUUUAGUGUCUCAUUCCAGUGGCAAUAUGUACUUGUAUAAUGUGGAACAUUCUUGUGGUACCACAGCACCGCAUUAUCAGCCAUUGAAACAAGGAGACAAUUAUGCAGUUCACACUUGCAAAAGCAAAUCUACAAGAAACCCUUUACUCAAAUGGACAGUUGGAGAGGGGGCUCUGAAUGAAUUUGCAUUCUCUCCUGAUGGGAAGUACCUUGCUUGUGUAAGUCAGGAUGGAUUUCUCCGUGUGUUUAACUUUGAUUCGGUGGAGUUACAUGGUACAAUGAAAAGUUACUUUGGAGGACUGCUAUGUGUGUGUUGGAGUCCAGAUGGAAAAUACAUUGUAACAGGUGGAGAGGAUGAUCUGGUGACCGUGUGGUCUUUUAUAGACUGUCGUGUAAUAGCCAGGGGACAUGGACAUAAGUCAUGGGUCAGUGUUGUUGCAUUUGAUCCGUAUACCACUAGUGUAGAAGAAAAUGAUCCUAUGGAGUUCAGUGGGAGUGAUGAGGACUUCCAAGACCAAAUACACUUUGGCAGAGAUCGAGCAAAUAGUACACAAUCUAGGUUGUCAAAAAGGAAUUCUACAGACAGUCGCCCUGUAAGUGUCACGUAUAGGUUUGGGUCUGUUGGCCAAGACACACAGCUUUGUUUGUGGGAUUUGACGGAAGAUAUUUUGUUCCCUCAUCAACCUCUUUCACGUGCUCGGACACACACAAAUGUGAUGAAUGCCACAAGCCCAUCUGCUGGAAAUGUUGCAACCAGCACUGGAAGCAAUGGCAACAGCAGCAUCACAACAACACCCAGCAAUUCUUUACCUCCACCUCUUCCUCGAUCAAAUAGCCUUCCACAUUCAGCAGUUACAAAUGUCAAUAACAAAAGCAGCGUCAUGGAUGGUGCAAUUGCUUCUGGAGUCAGUAAGUUUGCAACCUUAUCACUACACGACCGCAAGGAAAGACACCAUGAGAAGGAUCACAAACGAAAUCACAGCAUGGGCCACAUUUCCAGCAAAAGCAGCGACAAGCUAAACCUAGUCACCAAAACUAAAAUGGACUCCGCUAAGACUCUUGGAACUUCUCUCUGCCCUAGAAUGGAUGAUGUGCCCUUGUUAGAGCCUCUUAUCUGUAAAAAGAUAGCACAUGAAAGACUGACUGUGUUAAUAUUUCUUGAAGACUGUAUAGUCACUGCCUGUCAAGAGGGAUUUAUUUGCACAUGGGCAAGGCCUGGUAAAGUGGGUUUAAUGUCAUCCCAAAACCAAGCCAAUUCGCCGAGUGGAACUGUAGUAUAGCCACCGUGGUACUGCUAGCAAAGCUUCGCCACAGGAUAAGAAGUAAUGACAUUGGAGCCAGGAGCUGGUCUUCAGCCACAGAGCUUUAGAAAUUUUAUUAUAGUGGUGUUUUUGUUCAGAAUUCUGCUGUGAAUUGUGUAGAGCUACCACUGGGGGAACAGUGUCGAGUGUAUGCUGUUGAUAUGGGUUUAUCUGUCCAAGUAAAAUGGGAAGGCUGCUAACUCCAAGACUAUUACUAACUUAUUUCCUUGGCAUUAGCAGCAAAUACUAAAAUCUAUUUUAUCAAAUCUUAACUUUUCAAUUUCUUUUGUUUUCUCAGCUGGUGUAUUUUAAUCAUAUAUAUAGUGAAAAAUAAUUAAAACAGUCUAUUUGCAGUGCAUUAAAUGGCCCUGUGAACAAGUAUCUCACUGUGUAUUUUGCACUGAUUUUUGUUUGGCUUCCUUUGUUUUUAAAAUGAAACUAGUUGGAAGGCAGCUUGGAAUGCACUCACUGGAAUUGAGUCAUUACUUUCUGGCUUGAAUUUGUGAUUCAAGAGGUGGAUGUUGCAAUCAUAGAUUUAUAUUAAGAAAAAGUUGCACUUAAUAGUUUAAUGUAAGUAGGAAAUAAAAUAGGAUGUGCAAAACCUCCCAGAACAGGUAUGUGCAGACAAAAAAGGAAUUUCUUCUGUAUCUAUUAAACAUGUACUUUAAUAUUGUUUCAAAUUGAACCAACUGUAUUAUAAAUAUAAAUAUUGUUCGUCAUGGGGCAAUGAUCAUACACUAGUUGAUGUUUUGUCUUCUAAUGAACGUGGUUUCUAAUUCAGAAAAUAGACAUAAAAUCUUGAAUAUAGUUUUUCUGUUUAUUUUAUUUCAGUUGUAAAAAUAGUAAAUUUGGCUGUAAUUAAUCCUUUGUUGAAUUGACUAUUUGGUACAAAAGAAAAUCUUUGUAUUAAAAAUUAAGGUUAUCUCAGCUGUAGAGUUUUCAUAACUAAUGCAUAUUUUAAAUUUCUGAGCUUUGUACUUCUGUGGUUGAUGCAUCGCCAAGGUCCAAAACCUAGCACAUGGAUUUAUUAGAUGCCAAUUAGGAACAUUUGCAUUGAGGAAUUGUUUGAUGCAAUUUUUUGUGUGGGUUAGAAUUGCCUGGUCAUAACAGACCCUCAUCAAUGUAAAUGAAUUUAGGAUGUGCCAAACAUUUUACAGCUGUCAUGCAAUCUAACCAGGAAUUACUGUGGGUUGGGUCAUAUUAUAUUAUAAAUUUGCUGUAUGGAUUAAUGCUGAUUUCUUGAAAGAAUGUAAAAGUACAGAUGAAGCUUGAAUAAAUGAUACCUUGCAUA